UCUGCUUUCAUCAAGCUUUCCUUCGGUUUACUUUGUGGGAGAGAGAGAGAGAGAGAGAGUUGGUCUUGCGUUUCGUCACGAUCAGUGGCUGCACGUGGGACACCCAGAAGAAUGGCUCUCUCUGGGGUGGUUCCUCAAGAUAGAGGAGAAUUGAGGAUACAUGAAAGUUUGGAUGAGCUGAGCACCGACUUGGCAGACUACAUUGCUGAAUUAUCUGAGGCAUCGGUGAAAGAGCGAGGCGUUUUCUCCAUCGCCUUAUCUGGUGGUUCUCUCAUUGGCUUAAUGGGGAAGCUCUGCGAAGCGCCUUAUAAUAGGACAGUGGAUUGGGCAAAAUGGUAUAUUUUCUGGGCUGAUGAGCGUGUGGUAGCAAAGAACCACACUGAUAGCAAUUACAAGUUAGCGAAGGAUGGCCUCUUGUCCAAGGUUCCCAUUAUUCCAAGUCAUGUGCACUCCAUCAAUGAUGCGGUCUCUGCAGAGGAGGCUGCAAGUGAGUACGAGUUUGUGAUCAGGCAACUAGUGAAAACUCGCAUGGUCAGUGUCUCUGAGGUUAGCGACUGUCCCAAGUUUGACCUCAUCCUCCUAGGGAUGGGUCCUGAUGGACAUGUUGCCUCACUAUUCCCUAACCAUGCAGUGCUGAACGAGAAAAGCGAGUGGGUGACCUUCAUAACUGAUUCCCCGAAGCCUCCACCGGAGAGGAUCACCUUCACAUUACCAGUCAUCAACUCCGCUUCCAACGUGGCUGUGGUCGUGGCUGGUGAGGCCAAGUCGGAGGCCGUGCACUUGGCAAUUGACGACGUGGAACCUGACUGCCCGAAACUGCCCGCUGGAAUGGUUCAGCCGAUGACGGGGAAGUUAGUGUGGUUUUUGGACAAGGGGGCUGCCUCAAAGCUCGAUGGCAAUCAAUUUUACAAGUCCUAAUGUUUAUGUUUUGGGUGCAGCGGAGGGAUGGAACACCUGUCGAUUUUGUUUAUGCUCCCGCCCUUUUCACAUUUAGAAAGUGAAAAAAUCAUUCGAACUCUAGAUCAUGGUUUAGUUCUCCAUUUUUUAUUUGUCGUCCUCUUUUGUCGGAUGGUGGAGAACUAUGGUUAAUUCCUUUUAUAAGAAGAUUUUGAUGAGGUCGGAGGAUCAAUAAAAGGCCCUUAUAUUACUA